UCUUUCAAAAUAUGUUAUUAAAUUAGGAGAUUGGAAUUUUAGCCGUGUUAUUUUCUCACCAAUAGAAGGAAAAUAAUGGGCAAGCAAGCAUUAUUGAAGAAAAUAAUUGUACAACUAAUCAAAGACUUUGAUCUGUCAUACCAAGUUACGUCACCGGGCAAGGAAUCUAACUUCUCUAAGCACAAACAAGAUCGACGAUUCUAGCCACUCAUCUAAGCUAUCUCCAAAGAACAGAUACCCCACAGAUUCUCAGCUUCAAACUCAUUCGAAUCUGUUUUGAGGUUUGGAGUCAUGGUUUCCAAAUGCAUCAGCAUCCAUCUCCACCCCCACCUUUCUCUGUACUCUGCAAUAUCCCAAAAUCCAAAAUUCUCACGUCUUGUCCACACUGCUUUAUUCUCAAAAGAGACAACUACCAGAAUAAGGACCACCCACAAUCAAAUUUAUCAUUCAUUUCCCAAAAGAUGCGCCAUUUUAACUCCCAUGGCAUCAUCAGGUAAACUCAGUGUUGGAUUUGAUGAAUUUGAACCUGAUCCGACCCUAACCAAUGAUGAUCUCAAGCCAACAACCCCUAGUCAAAGGAACUUACACUGGUUGGAAAUGGCCAGUCUUUGGAUUGGUCUUGUUGUUGGUGUUCCAUCAUAUUACCUGGCAGGUAGUCUUGCUGAUCUUGGGAUGGCUUGGUGGCAGGGAAUUGCCACUGUUGUUGCAGCCAACAUAAUCCUCUUAGUGCCGUUAGUCCUCACAGGACACCCUGGCACCAAAUAUGGAAUCUCUUUCCCUGUCUUGGCAAGAUCCUCUUUUGGUAUUCGUGGUGCUCAUGUUCCUACUUUGCUUAGAGCUUUGGUUGGUUGUGGCUGGUAUGGGAUAGAGAGUUGGAUUGGAGGGGAGGCAAUUUUCCUUCUUCUGCCAAAAUCCAUUAAGGAAUCUUCCUUUUCUCAACUCUUACCUUGGCUUGGCACUUCUCCUCUUGAAUUUGCUUGUUUUAUUGCCUUUUGGGUGGCCCAGUUGGUCAUAGUUUGGAAAGGAAUGAAAGGAAUUAGGGAUCUUGAAAAGUAUUCAGCACCAAUUCUGAUCAUACUCACCUCUAUGCUUCUCAUUUGGGCUUAUGUCAAGGCUGGUGGUUUAGGUCACAUGCUAUCCUUAUCCUCUAGGCUAUCUUCCUCAGAGUUUUGGUCUCUUUUUUUCCCUUCACUCACGGCGAAUAUAAGCUUCUGGGCUACCCUUGCACUUAACAUUCCUGAUUUUACUCGAUAUGCCAAGAGCCAGACAGAUCAAAUUAUUGGUCAGGCUGGCCUUCCAAUCUUCAUGGGGGCAUUUACAUUUGUUGGCCUAGCUGUAACAUCUUCUACCAAAGUAAUUUUUGGCGAUGUGAUCUCUAACCCAAUUCAGCUUCUUGGCCAAAUUGGAGGAUUCACAACAAUGAUGCUAGCCAUUCUUGGAAUUAGCCUAGCCACCAUCACAACCAACAUUGCAGCCAAUGUUGUUGCCCCAGCAAAUGCUCUGGUCAAUCUCAGCCCUUCCAAGUUCACAUUCAGAAGAGGAGCUUUGCUGACUGCAUUGCUUGGCAUUGCUUUUCAGCCUUGGAGACUACUAAAAUCCAGUGAGAGCUUUGUAUAUACAUGGCUGGUCGGCUACUCUGCAUUGUUGGGUCCAAUUGGUGGGAUAGUUUUAGCAGAUUAUUAUCUCAUUCGCCAAAUGAAUUUAAGCAUCAAGGACUUGUAUUCUGUAAGUCCUUAUGGGGCCUAUUACUAUUCUGGAGGCUUCAAUUUGGCAGCAUUGGCAGCUCUGAUAAUUGGGAUACUGCCAGUGAUCCCAGGUUUCUUGCAAAAGGUGGGGAUUCUACCUUCUGUUUCAGAUGCUUUUGUUGUCAUUUACAACAAUGCUUGGUUUUUCAGUUUCUUCUCUGCAGGUCUACUAUAUUGGAUUUUGUCAUGUUUGAGUGGGAAACAGAACAAACCUUUAUCCUUUGAUCCCCUUUUGCCACCUGCAACCUAACCCUCUUUAUUCCUUUGUAUAUUUUCACUUUGCAUACUGUGUGAAAUCUGCACAUCUUUUUUUAACAUGCCCCACAAUACCAAGCUGUCAUUAAUGUAGCUAUUUCGUUUCAUUGAAUAAAAUUUGCAGUAUUUUCAUUUCUAAGUUAAUAUACAUCUGUUUUUUGGGGAUUUGGGACACGGAACAAGUACUGAAAACCCAACAACAAUAUUGGAUUGGCUUAGAGUUUGAUAAGCUAAAAUGAAUAGAGACAAAACAAAGGAAAACAGCACUAUUGGAUUGGGUUGGGCUUAUCUUCUGGUUAGUAAGUGGAUCCAACUUGAUUUUGGAUUUAUUAUCAGCUAAAGUUUGGAACAAUUUUUUCAUCCCAAAUCCAAUAAAACUGGACCCAGAAUGAAAUAUUCUUUGUGCAAAUAACAACAAAUAUCCUUCCCUUCCCCAGUUUGUUUUAUUGUCAAUUAAUCAAUGACCAUGUGGCACUAACAAAAUUAGUGCUUGGGAAAUGUUCAUAAAAUAAUAGUUCUAUUUU